AUGCCGGCCUUUCACUCAAAGUUCAACCUGGAUGCGGAUAAUGUCGAUCAAAAAUCUCCUCAGUCUUUGGUUGGAAAUAUGGCCAUUUUGCCAUUAAAAACUUCAUUUAGAGGACCGGCAACAAGAAUUGAUGAUUCAACUUAUGAAGAUGUAAUUGAUGAGGCACUUCUCUAUUUUAGGCCAAAUGUGUUCUUUCGCAAUUUUGAGAUAAAAGGACCUGCUGAUAGAACUUUGAUUUACUUGUUUCUCUACAUAACUGAAUGUUUGAAGAGGAUUCUACAUCAAAAAAUUGUCCAAAAAUUACAAGCAAGCAAAGAAUUGACAACUUUGGCUUUAGACUCACGACGCGGAUUUCCAAUUCCUGGUGAACAAGCUUUCCCAUUUCCUAGUCUUUUUAAACCGCCAGCUAAUGCACAAGAUGAAGAAACAAUGCGCAAUUAUUUGCAACAAUUGAGACAAGAAAUGGGUGUUCGUUUACUUGAACGAAUAUUUCCGAAUCCUGAUGGAAUGCCUUCUAAAUGGUGGCUUUGUUUUGCUAAACGUCGUUUUAUGGAUAAACAACUCACGCAUACAUUAUAG